AAUUGUACUUCUGUUCAUUUACAAGUUAUUUUCUCUACUUCUGAAAAAGGGAUCUUGAAUUUUGGACUCAUAUCAAGAUGCUCUGAAGAACAAGAACACUUUAGGAUAGCCACUGCAACAUCAUGACCAAAGACAAAGAACCUAUUGUUAAAAGCUUCCGUUUUGUUUGCCUUAUGAUCAUAAUAGUUGGAACCAGAAUCCAGUUCUCUGACGGAAGUGAAUUUGCAGUAGACAAGUCAAAAAGAGGUCUUAUUCAUGUUCCAAAAGACCUACCGCUGAAAACCAAAGUCUUAGAUAUGUCUCAGAACUACAUAGCUGAGCUUCAGGUCUCUGACGUGAGCUUUCUGUCAGAGUUGAAAGUUUUGAGACUUUCCCAUAACAGAAUCCAGCUACUUGAUUUAAGUGUUUUCAAGUUCAACCAGGAUUUAGAAUAUUUGGAUUUAUCUCAUAAUCAGUUGCAAAAGAUAUCCUGCCAUCCUAUUGUGAGUUUCAGGCAUUUAGAUCUCUCAUUCAAUGACUUCAAGGCCCUGCCCAUCUGUAAGGAAUUUGGCAACUUGUCACAACUGAAUUUCUUGGGAUUGAGUGCUAUGAAGCUACAAAAAUUAGAUUUGCUGCCAAUUGCUCACUUGCAUCUAAGUUAUAUCCUUCUGGAUUUAAGAAAUUAUUAUAUAAAAGAAGAGACAGAAAGUCUACAAAUUCUGAAUGCAAAAACCCUUCACCUUGUUUUUCACCCAACUAGUUUAUUCUCUAUCCAAGUGAACAUAUCAGUUAAUACUUUAGGGUGCUUACAACUGACUAAUAUUAAAUUGAAUGAUGACAACUGUCAAGUUUUCAUUAAAUUUUUAUCAGAACUCACCAGAGGUCCAACCUUACUGAAUUUUACCCUCAAUCACAUAGAAACAACUUGGAAAUGCCUGGUUAGAGUCUUUCAAUUUCUUUGGCCCAAACCUGUGGAAUAUCUCAAUAUUUACAAUUUAACAAUAAUUGAAAGCAUUCGUGAAGAAGAUUUUACUUAUUCUAAAACGACAUUGAAAGCAUUGAGAAUAGAACAUAUCACGAACCAAGUUUUUCUGUUUUCACAGACAGCGUUGUAUACCGUGUUUUCUGAGAUGAACAUUAUGAUGUUAACCAUUUCAGAUACACCUUUUAUACACAUGCUGUGUCCUUAUGCACCAAGCACAUUCAAGUUUUUGAACUUUACCCAGAAUGUUUUCACAGAUAGUAUUUUUGAAAAAUGUUCCACGUUAGUUAAAUUGGAGACACUUAUCUUACAAAAGAACGGAUUAAAAGACCUUUUCAAAGUAGGUCUCAUGACUAAGGAUAUGCCAUCUUUGGAAAUAUUGGAUGUUAGCUGGAAUUCUUUGGAAUCUGGUAGACAUGAGGAAAACUGCACUUGGGUUGAAAGUAUAGUGGUGUUAAAUUUGUCUUCAAAUAUACUUACUGACUCUGUUUUCAGAUGUUUACCUCCCGGGAUCAAGAUACUUGAUCUUCACAGCAAUAAAAUAAAGAGCAUUCCUAAACAAGUCAUAAAACUGGAAGCUUUGCAAGAACUCAAUGUUGCUUUCAAUUCUUUAACCGACCUUCCCGGAUGUGGCAGCUUUAGCAGCCUUUCUGUACUGAUCAUUGAUCACAAUUCAGUUUCCCACCCAUCAGCUGAUUUCUUCCAGAGCUGCCAGAAGAUGAGGUCAAUAAAAGCAGGGAACAAUCCAUUCCAAUGUACCUGUGAGCUAAGGGAAUUUGUCAAAAAUAUAGACCAAGUAUCAAGUGAAGUGGUAGAGGGCUGGCCUGAUUCUUAUAAGUGUGACUACCCAGAAAGUUAUAGAGGCACCCCACUAAAGGACUUUCACAUGUCUGAAUUAUCCUGCAACAUAACUCUGCUGAUCGUCACCAUUGCUGCCACCAUGCUGGUGUUGGCUGUGACUGUGACCUCCCUCUGCAUCUACUUGGAUCUGCCCUGGUAUCUCAGGAUGGUGUGCCAGUGGACCCAGACUCGGCGCAGGGCCAGGAACGUACCCUUAGAAGAACUCCGAAGAAAUCUCCAGUUUCAUGCUUUUAUUUCAUAUAGUGAACAUGAUUCUGCCUGGGUGAAAAAUGAAUUGGUACCUUACCUAGAAAAAGAAGAUAUACAGAUUUGUCUUCAUGAGAGAAACUUUGUCCCUGGCAAGAGCAUUGUGGAAAAUAUCAUCAACUGCAUUGAGAAGAGUUACAAGUCCAUCUUUGUUUUGUCUCCCAACUUUGUCCAGAGUGAGUGGUGCCAUUACGAACUGUAUUUUGCCCAUCACAAUCUCUUUCAUGAAGGAUCUAAUAACUUAAUCCUCAUCUUACUGGAACCCAUUCCACAGAACAGCAUUCCCAACAAGUACCACAAGCUGAAGGCUCUCAUGACGCAGCGGACUUAUUUGCAGUGGCCCAAAGAGAAAAGCAAACGUGGGCUCUUUUGGGCUAACAUUAGAGCCGCUUUUAAUAUGAAAUUAACACUAGUCACUGAAAACAAUGAUGUGAAAUCUUAAAAAAAUUUAGGAAAUUCAACUUAAGAAACCAUUAUUUACUUGGAUGAUGGUGAACAGUACAGUCCUAAGUAACUGUCUGGAGGUGCCUCCAUUAUCCUCAUGCCUUCAGGAAAGACUUAGCAAGAACAAUAUUUCAUCUGGGGAAUUGGGCUAGGCGGUGAGGUGGUACUCAACCUGCCAGUUAGAGACAGCCCAGUCUCUUCUGGUUUAAUCAUUACGUUUCAAAUUGAAACAGUCUCUUUUGAGUAAAUGCUCAAUUUUUCAGCUCCUCUCCACUCUCCUUUCCCAAAUGGAUUCUGUUGUGAGCAAGAGUUUAUAUGGCUUCAUGGCAGCAAGGAAACAGUCAACUUCAGCAUCAUAUGCACCAGUCCCCGGAGUGCCCUGUGAAUCCUAUUGCUCUUUGGGUCAGUGUCAUCAUUCUCUUCAAGUUUGGGGCUUGGGGAAAAAAUUAGAUCAGCUACGGCAUAUAAAAAAGUCUUUUGUUUCA